UAAAUAUAUAUUUAAUGACAUUUGAAAUCGUACAUAUUGAACGCUUUAUAUUUAUAUUUUUAUUUUUUUAUUCAAAUAAAUCAAUGUACUAUAAUAUUAUUUUUUGAAUUGCAUAGACGAAAUAAAAUUAAUAACAAUGAAUGACUUAGAAGAAAAAUGUGAAGAUGCACUGUUUGAAGUUUGUGAUGCUCGAGAACGCUAUCCAUUAUUAUGUGCUGAAGAAUUAGAAAAAUGUAUUAAAUUAACCACUGAUAUACAGACGGUAAAAGUUAUACCAAAUGUAAAAGUUUGUCAUGAUGUACAGCCUCUAACAGAAGAGCAAAAUGCACUUUUAAAUAUUGCGUCUAAGAAACAAAACGUACCAUACAAACAUCAAGGUAUGCAGUUAAAAAAAAUGUUAAGUAAAAUUGAUAAUCUAAAAAUGGUUGUAGAACAAAUUGAAAAGGAAAAGUUUUGUGAAAUAAAUAAACUGUUUCAUAUGUAAUUUGGUCAUCACUCAUUUCUUGUAACUAUGAUUAAAUAAGAAACGUUGCAAUACAGAAUG